AUGGACCUCCUCCGCCGCUUCAUCGGCACCGCGGCCGCCACCCUCGACAACCCGGCCAUCCCCUGGAAAGUCCUCAUCACCACCUUUGCCGUCGGCGAGUACGCACUGGAAACCUACCUCUCCUACCGUCAAUACCAGGUCCUCCAGCGGAAGAAGAUCCCGGUGCAAUUAAAAGAGGAAAUCGACCAGAAGACUUUCGAUAAGAGUCAGGCGUAUGGACGGGCGAAAUUCAAGUUCGGAUUGGUGAGUGGGGUGUUUAAUAUGGUUAAGAGUUUGGCCGUGUUGAGGUGGAAUGGCUAUGCUUGGUUGUGGUCUCUUACGGGGAUCUGGUUGGCGAAAGCCACGGGUGGUCCAAUGGGGAGUAUCGGGCUUCUGGCGCAGGGAACGAAAUGGUACAACGGCACGAUCGCCCAUUCCCUCCUGUGGACCUUCGCCUUCUCCUUCGCCGAGACGCUCCUGAGUCUCCCCUUCUCCUACUACCACCACUUCGUGCUCGAAGAAACCUACGGCUUUAACAAACAAACCCUCGCCCUCUUCUUCACCGACUUAUUAAAAUCUCAAGCCUUAGCUCUAGGUCUCGGGAUCCCCAUCGGAAGCGCCUUCCUCUACAUCAUCGACCGCACGGGGGAAUCCUUCUUCCUGUACCUCUGGCUCUUCACCCUCGCCUUACAAUUAGGCGCCAUAACCAUCUACCCCAUCCUCAUCGUGCCCCUUUUCAACAAACUCACCCCGCUGGAACCCGGCACCUUGCGCGAUCGCGUGCACGCUCUAGCAGACAAGUUGAAAUUCCCAUUGGGUGAACUCCAAGUCAUCGACGGCUCCAAGCGCUCCGCCCACUCGAACGCCUAUUUCACCGGUUUGCCCUGGAAGAAAAAGAUCGUCAUCUACGACACGCUGAUCGAGAAGUCCGAGGUCAAGGAAGUCGAGGCUAUACUGGCACACGAACUGGGGCAUUGGAAGAUGGGACAUACGACGCAGCUACUCGGGAUCAGUGCAGGGUAUUUGUUCUUCGUGUUCAUGCUGUUUAGCGUGUUUGUGAGGAAUGGGAGUUUAUACGAGGCGUUUGGGUUUUGGUCACAGCAGCCGACGAUCAUUGGGUUUAUUUUGUUCAAUGAGGUGUUGAGUCCGACGGACGCGGUGGUCAAGUUGGGGAUGAAUGUUUGGACGAGGCGGAUGGAGUUUCAGGCUGAUGAGUUCUCACUCAAACAGGGCUACGCGGCCGAACUCGCCACCAGCCUUAUCAAGCUCCAGAUCCAGAAUUUGUCGGCUAUGGAUGCCGAUUGGAUGUACUCGACUUACAACUAUUCGCAUCCUAUCCUGACUGAGCGGCUGAAGGCUAUCGGAUGGACUUCGGAUCGUAAGGUUGGGAAUUAUGAGGAAAAGAAGGCCGCUGGUGCUGUUGCUGCUAAUGGUGGUGCUGGACACAAGGAGUUGUGA